AGGAGUCAAACAGACCCGCAGAGAUGAAUCUCAAGGAUAAGGUGAGCCAGCCACUCUCUACAGUGUUAAUCCUCCAUGCAUGGAGAGGGGACACAUUGUCCUUAUGUACACAAGGCAGAGAUCUGGCAGUGGUUAUCUAAGAGAGUUAUCAGCAGCACUGAGAGCUUUCCCCUUGACUUCAUCCUAAUAAUAAAUCAUUAUCUCUCUACAUGCGACUGCUGUGAGUGUUGACUCUGACACUUGCAGGCCCUCUGUACAAAUAUUACUUUAUAUGGAGUCAGUUAUACAGAAAAGCCCUGAAACAACUUUGCAGUGUUUAAAAGUUGAUACUAUUUUUUCAUAUGCAUCUUUAUUCUCUGCAGAUAUAAACAUUGCCCUUCCUGAGCACCGAGUCCUCCUUUAGAAAUCUAAAAAGUUCCUGUAACUUUGGAUAAACCAUGAUUGAAAGUUAAUGAUCCAUUUUGUUGUGAAAUAAAAAUGACAAACUUCUUGUUCCACAGCCGAAGUCGAAGAUUUCGGCUUCUCGGAAGCUCUCCCUGAAGGUAAUUAUGAGCAAUCUUUUUAGUUUUUGUCCGAUAUUCCUUAACAGCUCUCUCUGAUGAUAUCAAAUAUCUGUAUAUCAGCACUGUCGAUGUCCUAAAUAUGUUAAGAAAAUGACACUUAUUGACAUAUUCUGCCUUUUCCCACCAUUAAACCAACAUUAAGCUGUAUAUUCUGCCAUAAAUCUAAGUCUUUAAGGUCUUUAUGUGGUCGCCAUUUAAAACCCUGAUAUACACUUUGAUUCUGUUGGGUAUUAUGGCCCUGACUAAAAGGUUUAUGUUGUGCCUGUUUUCUUCCAUAAGAUGCUUCUCCUCACGAGAGCCUGUGAGGACUUGGAGAGGGAAAGGCAGGAGAGAGAGGAGGAGAAAGUACGCUAUUUAGGAGAGAAGUUGCCUCCUUUGCAGCUGUCUGGAUUGCCACUUCAAGAGCUACAAGUACGGGUCAUUAAACACAGAAGAAGAGCGCUUCCCAAUGACUCCAAAUGUUUGAGUAUGUUUUGAGUUAUAAGGUUGCUGCACUUUUUCCCUUUUUAGAAUCUAUGCAAACAACUCCACUCAAAAAUCGAUGUUGUGGAUGAGGAGCGGUACGACUGCGAAUCCAAAGUCAACAAACACAACAAAGAUGUAAGUUCUCAGUCAGUUCACCUACUCACAGUGAGGACAGUUUAUGUUUUUAAUUAUAAAAGAAGGCCUUGUGAGUUGCUGAAAGUUUGUUCAGUUUUUGAAAUGCUGUACUAAAUUUCCAUCGCCCAGAGAAAAUCACAAUGAUAUAAAUGAUAAAACCCAUCUAAUUAAGGCAGAUGGCUGUCUACCAAUGUGUGUAACUCUGUCCAAAGGAUCUGCCUGUAAAAUGGAGAUUCAGCCCUCUUUUUUGCCAAGUGGUUGCAAAUUAUGGGGGAAAAUGUUGGUUUUCUUAUCUCUACAUCCACCACUUUCAGUCUUGGCAGAUGGCUGAUACCAAUCAAUCUGGUUUUGCUUGAGGUUUCUGCCUGUUAAAAGUAGGUUUUUCUCUUGCUAAAGCUGCCAAGUGCUAGAUUAAGUUUUGUCUUUUUGAAUAACUUAACAAAAACCAAGUCCAAACCUGUCAUAACUGUUGUUGUGAUUAAGAGGUACAGAAAUAUAAACUGAUUGUUGCAUUGAUUGAAAAGUUUUCAAGAAGUACAAACUCAGAAUAAAUAUAGGUUUUUGUUGAUAUAUAUUUUUUCUCUUUUUAGAUCCAUGAGCUGAAGCUGAAGAUCCAGGAUCUUGGCGGUAAGUUCAAAAAGCCCGCCUUGAGGAAAGUGAGAGUGUCAGCAGAUGAGAUGAUGAGAGCUCUCCUGGGCUCCAAACACAAGGGCUCCAUGGAUCUCCGAGCCAACCUGAAGUCUGUGAAGAAAGAGGAUGUCAAACAGGACAAGGUAUCAAAGACUUCAGUCUGCUGGUUUCUAAACUCCUUGAGGUUUUCCAAGAAUAGAUGUCAUGAAAAUGUGUUUUGAUUCCUAAUUUUUCUACUCACAGGUACUCACUACUGAAGUGGGUGACUGGCGUAAAAACGUGGAGGCCAUGUCAGGCAUGGAGGGCCGCAAGAAGAUGUUUGAUACAGGCGGCGGAGCACAGUGAGAUACUGGAAGAUGAAGCUGGUCAGCUAGUCAAAGGAAAAAAGUGUUUAGACAAAGAUAUGGAGUAUUACAUGGCCAAAGCAUUAGGCCUUCAGCUGAGCCUCCAUUUACAAGUUGGUGCAAUGACUCAAAGCACUUAAAGAAAGUGUAUGAUGAGUAGAAACCCAUUGUUUUUUUAUUAUCACCAAAGAUUAUUUGUUUUCUUAUGACAUCUUUAGACAAUUAAAGAGGAUAUGAAUAAGCAGAGUUGAAU